AUGUCGUCAACGCAGCUGUCUUUCUCCCUCCGUGUUUCCUCUGGCGUCAAGACUGUCCACCUUCUCGGUUCUUGGGACAACUACGUCGGACAGCUCCCCCUGUCCAAGGACAAGAACUCUUCAAAGGGCACGUGGAAGGGCACCUUCAAAUUCCAGAGCGCCACCCUCGCCCCAGGCCAGCGAUACUGGUACUACUACAUCAUCGAUGGCUACCAUGUUUCGCACAACCCCAGCGAGGCCUCCACCAAGGAGCCCACAACCGGACGUGAGCUGAACAUCUUGGACGUUCCCAAGUCCAAGUCCUCAUCCUCAUCUUCGUCCCACCACUCCUCAUCCAAGUCCUCCAGCAGCUCCAAGCACCACUCAUCCUCAUCCUCAUCCCGCCACCACUCCUCGUCCAGCAGGGAGAAGUCCCACCGCUCAUCGCGGGCUUCUCUGACCGUCGACGUGCCAAAGGGCCGCCCCCUGUCCAUCUCUCAGAUCCAGGCCCCAAAGCCCAUGUCGCCACGAGGGAACCAGCACAUCCUGAACAAGGAAUACUCGGACGAGUCCAUCGACGACCUCGCACAGCGCUUCGGCUCCGCAGGCCUCGAGGACUACCCCUACGAUUCCGAGUACAUCACCACAGACUUCGGCACCCUGUCCGAGUCGCCCGUGUCUUCCAGCGGCUCGUCCCUGUCGUACCGCUCCGACAGCUCCAGCCCCAACAGCAGCAUGUCCGGAUACAGCACCCCUGGGUCCGACUGCUCCAACUGCACGUGCGAGCGCUACGGCAUCACUCGCAAGGGCGAGCGCGUUCGUCUCGACUGCGGUGGGUCCCGCUGCGGCUAUGGUGAUGACAGCAGUGAUUGCUCGUCUGAGGAUGGCGAGUACAGGAGCUCCUCGCGCCGGAACGGCAUCGUCGUUCGCCACUAG